AUGUCCACCGCUGCUCCCACCGGAAAAGUCCACAAGCGAGCAUACCAGGUUCCGUCGAUCAACCACACCAAGGCCCCUGCGACUGCUCCCACUCCCACUCCUGCACCCUCUGGCCCCGGUGAUUCCAUUGCCGGCACUUCGGUGGCCGCCACCCCCGGCAUCACUACAACUUCUACUACCGCAGGCAUUACCCCUACCCGGCCAUGGGAGGAGUCAACAAUAGCCAUUGCAGGCACCCCAGCGUCGCUCCCAGGGCUCGUCACGCAGGCUGGUGAAAGUUCGGUCAGCCCCAUUGCUGUCCCUCCAGCCAUCAAACGCGAACAUUCCCUCCAACAUGUCCUUGCACACGAUACCCCGCGUCCCUCCACCCGCGGCGAUAAAACGGCCGAAAAGCUACUUAGAGACGCCGCCUACACUUCACACGAUGCGUUGAAUUUACUCUUCGAAGCCGGUAGACAUAGUGAGCGGGUCUCCAGGCCGGACCAUCACCAUCACAACAAUCAUACCGCUGGAGCUGCCUCCCAAAGGCUGGGCCCGACACCCACCCGCGAGCUCAGACCAUCUGCCGCCCCGAGCCUUCAUGAUAACACUCCCGACUUCCAUCCUUGGUCAAACCUGCGUUUCGUCCGCACCGGCCUGAUCACCGCCGAAGAAGCCUUUGAUCUCGUAAAUUACUUUCAUACAUACCUUGCUCCAUUUACUCCAAUCGCUUCCUCCUCCUUCCAGGAUCCCUCUAUGCAUGCCGAACUGCUCGAAGAGGAGCCCAUUCUCGCCAUGACAAUCCUCAUGCUAGCCUCGCGAUACAUGAAAUUAUCAGGACCCGGGUCAAUCUCUAGAUCUUACAUGGUUCAUGAACGACUCUGGCAACAUCUCCAAGGGAUGAUCUCCCGCAUGAUCUUUGGCCAAGAGCAGUUCACCGGUGGCACGCACAAUCACGAUGCCCCUCCAGAGGCUUCAAACCUUUCUACGCACGAAUAUCCCCUAGCUGGCUCAAACUUUGGUAGCCUCAGGACACUUGGUAGCUGUGAAGCCCUGCUUUUGCUGUCCGAGUGGCAUCCACGGUCUUUACAUGUGCCGGCUGGAGAUGAUGGGGACAGCAUCGUCGUGAAAGAUGAUGUUCGAAGAACAAUUGCAAGCACAGCUGGUAUAGGCGGCAGAAUACGUAUCGACUGGCUGGAACCCGUCUGGAGAUCCGAUCGGAUGUGUUGGUCCAUGCUCGGGAAUGCUCUUGCUUUGGCUGUUGAGCUGGGCAUAUUUGACGAAUACGACAACACCACUAUAGGAGCUCGUGAGUCCCGGAGAGACAUCUGGAGUAAUCCUUCAUCCAGCCAGCGAGCAUACCUUGUCCAACAUUUACUCUGGGUCUAUCUUACACAGACUUCAGGCCGACUUGGAUGGAAAAACUUGACGUCUGUCUCAGUGUCACAUCACGAUACCAGUAUAAAACAUGGUGACACAAUUCGCUGUUGGGUGGGCGUCGCUUCAUUAAUGAAAAGGGGCAAUGAGCUGUUGUUUCCGUCACGCGAGAGGACUCGGGAGAUCGUCAAGACUGGCGAAUAUUUAGCUGUCCUUCGUGUCCUUAAUCCACUCCUCCGCGAAUGGCAGAAAGAGUUUGAUCGUGCCAAGUUGUCAAGGCAAAUGAGAUCCAUCUUGACAAUUGAAUUCGGAUACGUACGGGUAUAUAUCCAUAGCGUUGCCCUGCAGGCUGUCAUCGAAAAUUACUAUCACGUCAUGCAUGAAGGCGGCACUAUGCCGGAAGCUAGCUUGCUCGAACCCUUUGAGGGCAACAGGGAAUACUUUAUGGAAGUAAUCGCAUCAGCAAAAUCGAUACUCCAGACGGUUGUCGAGGAUCUGCUUCCGGAUAACCAUCUGAAGCAUGUUCCAAUUCGAACCUACUCGAGAAUUCUUGCCGGUGCUAUGUUUUGUUUAAAGGCCACGUCUCUUGGCGCCAAAGACUUUGAGACGUCAGGGUCAUUAAGCCUCGUUGAACGCACAGCGGAUGCGCUAUGUACAUGUGUGGUGGAUGAUGUUCACUUGAGCAACCGAUUUGGAGAGUUGCUGCAUGCUCUGGCCGCAAGUUUGCGGAACAGAGUAGUGCAAAUGACGGCAAGUGAACAACCAAGCGGAAGUAUUAUUCCCAAUACUCUGGCUUCCCAUCGUCAAUAUGCUCAAUCUUUUGAAGGUGAUACAAACAAUCAGAUGAUGGUGUGUGGCCCUGGCUCCUAUCAUGAAUUGUCCAUGGGUCGAAUGGGACUGGGGGACCACUCUAUCGCUGACCCAGAGUAUGACAAUUGCCAGGCUGGCUCUACAUCUGCUACAGCAGCGGGCACGCCUGCUUAUUAUGCCAUGAAUCCGGCAUCGGGUUUGAUUGAUCAAGUCCAGAACGAUCCGUUGAUCAACUUUGCCGGGUUGGGCCCCAAUCAACUUGGUUGGUCCGGUGGGCAGGACUUUUUCGAUAUGCUCGGUCCUCUAUUGGACGUACAGUACGAGCAGUAUAAAUGA